GCGCGCUUUCUCCCUGCGGAUCUCAGUAAUGAGGAGACUGAGUUUGUGGUGGCUGCUGAGCAGGGUCUGUCUGCUGCUGCCGCCGCCCUGCGCUCUGGUGCUGGCCGGGGUGCCCGGCUCCUCCUCGCAUCCGCAGCCCUGCCAGAUCCUCAAGCGCAUCGGGCACGCGGUGAGGGUGGGCGCGGUGCACUUGCAGCCCUGGACCACGGCCCCCCGCGCCGCCAGCCGUGCUCCGGACGGUAGCCGGGCCGGCGCCCAGCGGGAUGAGCCCGAGCCAGGGACUUGGCGACCCCCGGCGCCCUCGCCCGGCGCACGUCGGUUGGGGAGCGCCUUGCAUGGCCGGGGCCCGCCGCGCGCCCGAAAGCCCGGGGAGGGCGCGGGGGCCGAGACCCUGUGGCCUCGGGACGCCCUCCUCUUCGCGGUGGACAACCUGAACCGCGUGGAAGGUUUGCUGCCCUACAACCUAUCUUUGGAAGUAGUGAUGGCCAUCGAGGCGGGCCUGGGCGACCUGCCGCUCUUGCCCUUCUCCUCCCCAAGCUCGCCGUGGAGCAGUGACCCUUUCUCCUUUCUGCAGAGCGUGUGCCACACCGUGGUGGUGCAAGGGGUGUCGGCGCUGCUCGCCUUCCCCCAGAGCCAGGGCGAGAUGAUGGAGCUCGAUUUGGUCAGCUCUGUCCUGCACAUUCCAGUGAUCAGCAUCGUGCGCCACGAGUUUCCGCGGGAGAGUCAGAAUCCCCUUCACCUACAACUGAGUUUAGAAAAUUCAUUAAGUUCUGAUGCUGAUGUCACUGUCUCAAUCCUGACCAUGAACAACUGGUACAAUUUUAGCUUGUUGCUGUGCCAAGAAGACUGGAACAUCACUGACUUCCUCCUCCUUAUCCAGAAAAAUUCCAAGUUCCACCUUGGCUCUAUCAUCAACAUCACCACCAACCUCUCCUCCACCGAGGACCUCUUGAGCUUCCUGCAGGUCCAGCUUGAGAGUAUUAAGAACAGUACGCCCACCAUGGUGAUGUUUGGCUGUGACAUGGAAAGUAUCCGGCGGAUUUUUGAAAUUACCACCCAGUUUGGAGUAACCCCCUCUGAGCUUCGUUGGGUGCUGGGGGAUUCCCAGAACGUCGAGGAACUAAGGACAGAAGGUUUGCCCCUCGGGCUCAUUGCUCAUGGAAAAACAACGCAGUCUGUCUUUGAGUACUAUGUACAAGAUGCCAUGGAACUGGUUGCGAGAGCUGUAGCCACGGCCACCAUGCUCCAGCCAGAACUCGCGCUUAUCCCCAGCACGAUGAACUGCAUGGAGGCAGAAGCCGCAAAUCUCACUUCAGGACAAUAUUUAUCAAGGUUUCUAGCCAACACCACCUUCAGAGGCCUCAGUGGUUCCAUCAAAGUAAAAGGUUCCACUAUCAUCAGCUCAGAAAACAACUUUUUCAUCUGGAAUCUGCAACAUGACCCCAUGGGAAAGCCAAUGUGGACCCGUUUGGGCAGAUGGCAAGGGGGCAAGAUUGUCAUGGACUAUGGAAUAUGGCCAGAGCAGACCCAGAGGCACAAAACCCACUUCCAAUACCCGAGUAAACUACACUUGAGAGUGGUUACCCUGAUUGAGCAUCCAUUUGUCUUCACACGGGAGGUAGAUGAUGAAGGCUUGUGCCCUGCUGGCCAACUCUGUCUAAACCCCAUGACUAAUGACUCCUCCAUGUUGGACAGCCUUUUUAACAGCCUCCAUAGCAGUAAUGAUACAGUGCCCAUCAAAUUCAAGAAGUGCUGCUAUGGAUAUUGCAUUGAUCUGCUGGAAAAGCUAGCGGAAGACAUGAACUUUGACUUUGACCUCUAUAUUGUUGGGGAUGGCAAGUAUGGAGCCUGGAAAAAUGGGCACUGGACUGGGCUGGUGGGUGAUCUCCUGAGUGGGUCAGCCCACCUGGCAGUCACUUCCUUCAGCAUCAAUACUGCACGAAGCCAAGUGAUAGAUUUCACCAGUCCUUUCUUUUCCACCAGCUUGGGCAUCUUAGUGAGGACCCGAGACACAGCAGCUCCCAUUGGAGCCUUCAUGUGGCCACUCCAUUGGACAAUGUGGCUGGGGAUUUUUGUGGCUCUGCACAUCACUGCCAUCUUCCUCACUCUGUAUGAAUGGAAGAGCCCCUUUGGUAUGACUCCCAAGGGACGGAAUAGAAGUAAAGUCUUCUCCUUUUCUUCAGCCUUGAAUGUCUGUUAUGCCCUCUUGUUUGGUAGAACAGCAGCCAUCAAACCCCCAAAAUGCUGGACUGGCAGGUUUCUAAUGAACCUUUGGGCCAUUUUCUGUAUGUUUUGCCUUUCUACAUACACAGCGAACUUGGCUGCUGUCAUGGUAGGUGAGAAGAUCUAUGAAGAGCUUUCUGGAAUACAUGAUCCUAAGCUACAUCAUCCCUCUCAAGGCUUCCGCUUUGGAACUGUCCGGGAAAGCAGUGCUGAAGAUUAUGUGAGACAAAGCUUCCCAGAGAUGCAUGAGUAUAUGAGAAGGUACAAUGUACCAGCCACCCCUGAUGGAGUGGAGUAUUUGAAGAAUGAUCCAGAGAAACUAGACGCCUUCAUCAUGGACAAAGCCCUUCUGGAUUAUGAAGUGUCAAUAGAUGCUGACUGCAAACUUCUAACCGUGGGGAAGCCAUUUGCUAUAGAAGGGUAUGGCAUUGGUCUCCCACCCAACUCUCCACUGACCUCCAAUAUAUCCGAGCUAAUCAGUCAAUACAAGUCACAUGGGUUUAUGGAUGUGUUGCAUGACAAGUGGUACAAGGUGGUUCCCUGUGGAAAGAGAAGCUUUGCUGUCACUGAGACUUUGCAAAUGGGCAUCAAACACUUCUCUGGACUCUUUGUGCUGCUGUGCAUCGGCUUUGGUCUGUCCAUCUUGACAGCCGUUGGGGAGCACAUGGUGUACAGGCUGCUGCUGCCGCGGAUCAAGAGCAAAUCCAGGCUGCAGUACUGGCUCCACACCAGCCAGAGAUUACACAGAGCACUAAACACAUCGUUUGUAGAGGAAAAGCAGCAGCGUUUCAAGACUAAACGUGUGGAAAGGAGGGCCAGUGUGGGACCCCGUCAGCUCACUGUGUGGAAUACUUCCAAUCUGAGUCAGGAUAACCGACGAAAAUACAUCUUUAGUGAUGAGGGAGGACAAAACCAGCUGAGCAUCCGGACCCACCAGGACAUCCCGCUCCCUCCAAGGAGAAGAGAGCUCCCUGCCUCGCUGACCACCAACGGGAAGGCAGACUCCCUAAAUGGAGCUCGGAACUCAGUGAUGCAGGAACUCUCAGAGCUUGAGAAGCAGAUUCAGGUGAUCCGUCAGGAGCUGCAGCUGGCUGUGAGCAGGAAAACAGAGCUGGAAGAGUAUCAAAGGACAAACCGGACUUGCCCCGACAUAGAUUUGCACCUGCCUUUGGAAGACGUUGCCUCGUAGCCGCCCCCACCCAUCGGUAAGAGCCAAGGACACCGCAGCGUCUGCUGUCCCGAUGUGCCGGUGCGCCUCCUGACGACGAGCCAGCCUUGCUCCUCAUGGACUCGGGCCCUUUUCUAACUCAGCUCCUCCUGACUGUUCUUGAGAAGCUGGCUAUUUAAAGGAACCCAGAGGUGAAUUCUUUUGUAAAGUAAAGAAUUGUUUUGUAAUGCAAUUAAUUCUCCCUUAACGUAUCUGUUUUGUAAGUUUGGAUUUUUGUAUUGUGUGCUUAAGGGUUUACCUUAAGCUUCUCUCCUAAGGCGUUCUGAGCGGUGGUAGCAGCCGCAGGGUCCUGCCUACCCACAAAGUGGAUGGCCAGGGGGUGGCCAGCAGCAGCAGGGGCUGAAAGCAGGCUUGCUGCCGUCGGCAUCGCUUGAAAUGCCUCCGUGUUCUGGAUGAAGAGGAACCACAUAGCUGCUUGUGGUGGAACGAAGCGGCCCCAAGUAGCGGUGGUUGUCAUUAUCGGUAGUAACUGAACAGUGUUUUGCAGUCUGUGAAAGUGUGUUGUGUUUUAUAAAAAAAGUUCAUGAAAUGGUGGGUCCUUUGAAAACCCUCCUUUCUGUUCUGCUCCACCUGUUCUUUCAACUCCCCUCGGGCUCAAAAACCACAAAGAUCAAAGUCUUCAGGUGGAGGAUGGUAUUUUAGUGAGGAAGAAAGAGGUAAGGGAUUGCUCCCUUGCCUCCUCGUCCGGACUCCUAUUUCAUGAGAUCAGGAAGGUCCAUUCUUUUCCAAACUCUGGUGCUGGGCAGCCGGACAACCUGAUUGUGUCGCACACCCCACCCUGUUUUCCAAGGGGAAGUUCCUGGCACAAGAAGCACACAAUACAAUAUGGCGGGUGUGAGCAGGAACAGAUAGGCUACGUGCUUCAUGUAAAUAAUACCGAGGGCCCCAGAGUGCGGAUGCCUCGAGGUAGAGGAGCAGCAAGGGGAUCCCUCUAACUAUUAAAAGACGAGUUGGAAAAAUGGGACAGCCAAGUGAGGCAGCCACAGGGACACAAUCAGUUGAGGUCUUUAACGUGCCUGGAGGUGAUUCCAUCAUUCAUGGAUCUUGCUGUUGCACAAACCCUCUGCAGGAGCUGCUUCCGUGCCAACCAGAGAAGUGGUCAGUGAAGCAACUGCCAAGUAAAACCCAGCUACAUCGGGGCAGUGGGCUUCUCGGUGUUGGCGCUGGGUCUAAUAGGGCCUUGGAGCCAAUAAGCACUUCCUUGGCGUGGAUAAAGAAUGAAGGCAAAAGAAACUACUUUAGAGCCUCUCUCCUCCCAACUCAUUUUUGAUAAGCAAACCAGAAAAUCCAACCAGUCAUGGAAAGAACUUGUGUUUUAGUCAUCAAAACCACUCCACUAGCUGCACUGUUGAGAUAUUCCUUUCUUCACCUACCUACGCCUCCCAUCUAAUCCAGGAGUCCCUCCCUCUUUUUUGCUUAGUUCCCAAUCGUUUUAUGAAAAUAAUGUACUUAGAGGUAUUUUCUUAAGGUUUGUAAAGAGUGUUUGCAUUGUGUCUUCAUUUUAACGUGUGUGCAAUCGCUCCAGUCCAGGAAGAACUGAAAUGCUGUCUUGUGAGCAUGAAGUGAACAGGCUGUUUUGCUCCAGCCACUUUUCUUGUACAACCACAUGGAUGGACUAGAUGUUCUCAGGUCUUUUCCAUCUUCAGUUUCUAUGACUGUGGAAUAAAUGUUCAGAUAGAAACUUCAUUUUCUGAUGUACUGCUGGCAUUGUCUUGGGGGAUUCAAAUGUGGACAUGGUACCAGUCCCUUCCUCACAGGAGACCCACUCAUGCUAGGAUUUAUACUUGUUUCUUAGUAGAGUCGACAUGGCACAAAAUAUGCUGAGAAAACAGCCCAGGCAUCACAAAGUACAAUCGAAAUGUCUUCGUCUGAAAGACAUUCUAGGAAAAGCCACAAUACUGAGAGACCUCUAAAAUUUCUGCCCUGGCCACCCUCAUUUAGUAAUUCAACAACCAUCUGCUACACAGCUUGUGUUUACGUGCCAAGUGCUGGAGACACACAGUGAAUAAUAUGGGCAUGGUCUCUGAGCUCAGGGACCUUCUCACAAUCUGUCCUUUUCACAACCUGUCAAUAGACAAUACUAUAGUGGCUAACAUUUAUUGAGCAUUUAUUUUAUUCCAGCUUCAUUAAAACCCCAUGACACAGGUUCUCUAGACCUAGUCUACAGUAGAUAAACUAGACCUCCAGUUUACAGAUGGGAAAACUAAGGCUCAGGGAAUUAUGGAAGUUGUCCAAGGUCACACGGCUUAGGAAGAGGAGUGGCCGAGACAGGUUCACACACAGGCAGUGCAAUUCCAGAACACCCAUUUUAUACUGUCAGGAUUCUGAUCGCUGCCUUACAACCCCCUCUCCUUCUUCCCACCCUCCCCUUCAGUCUUUGUGCCACCGCGCCUCCGGCCCAUGCCUCAGCUGGGCCCCCAGCUCCACAGGGAAGGAAGCCGAUGCACAAACUGCACCUGCUUUGCCACGUCCACUGAACUCAACACUGUGGCCCCAAGUCUCACAGAAACAGCUGUUGUAGGCGUCUCUUGGCUUUCUGGCCCGAGAACUGGUACAGACACAGCAGAGAAUCCCUGAGCAGUCCUGCGGUCCCAGGCCCACCGCGGUCUCCGACGUACCGCCGGCAGUUUCAGCUGCUUGGCCACCUUGCCAGCGUGAAGCUGCUAGCGGGACGCAUUUGUCCAAUCUCACACAAAUACAAACCUACUGUAACCUAGCUCAACU